UAGAACUCCUUUAAACUAUGAUUUGAUCUGCAAAAAUCCGCAGAGGAAGUGUUUAAUGGCACGGAACUACGCACGGUCAGCGGCUGAAUGCUGCACGUCAAACUUGUGUUCAAGGAAAAGGAGUAAGAACCGAUGUGAGAGCAGAAGGUGUAUCAUACUUUGAGACAGUCAACAGCCCUGACUGCAACCAAGAUUCUGCUUUGCUGUUCCCCCCUUUCUGAGCCUCUGCCCUUCCUUGGACCAAGGAGCCAAAGACAGCUUAUAUGGUUCUCCACCCCUCUUUUAUCCUCACAAUAACCCUGCGAGGUAGGCUAGCCUGGGAAAGUGAGUGCCAGCCCAAAGCCUCGUGGCUGGAGUGGAGAUUUGAACCCGGGUCUCCCUAAUUGUUGGACUCGCCCCUCCUCCAAUCUUCUUUGGAAAACAGCAGCAUAGCUAAAUGUCUCCAAGCCUGAGAAAUGGAAAAGGCACUUUCUCACGGCGGAGGGGGGUGACGGAACAAAAGGAGGGAGGAGCCGUCUUCGUACUGAAGGCUUCCCCCUUUGCAGUGACCGUGGCUCUGUUUCUCUAGGAACCGGAGCUCGCUGUCCAUUCCCCCGCCCGCCUCGACCAACGAGGUCAGAAAGAGAGAGCCUCGCUGCUUGUGGGGCACGUCCUGGGCCUCCCAGGUGGGCGGGGACUCGGCUGGUGCUGAGCGAGAGCGCAUCCGAAAGUUGGGUGCAAAAAUUGCCCGGGCAAAAGAACGCGCUGCAAUGCCAAGGCUGCAAGGAUGCACAACCAGAAGUAAAAGUGGAAGACCAGAACCCAGCUGAUUGAGCUCCAAGGGAGAAAAUGGAAGGAGGCCGAGAUGACUCACAAGCUGUCCAGGUUGGAGCCCUGUUUGGGGUUGAUCCCCAGCAGAUUAAAGGGGAACCAGAUGAGCGAUUGUCCCAACAGGAUGCCCAGUGGCAGAUUUUACAAAAGGCAGUGCAGUCCCGUACUUUAGAAGGGGGGAAAUCCCAGUUGCCUGGACCUCUGGACAGGGAAGAUAUUACGUUUUUGUCAGCGUCCUUGAAGGCUGUUGGUAAUGCCACCCAGAGGCCUACAGGAAAAUCCACUUCUCAAAGCACGCCAAGCCACUGUGGAAAAGCUCAUGAAGCCUCUGAAAAUCUAGAUUCUGCUCUGAAAGAGAGAGAAGCUAUUAGGGUUAAGGACACUGUCAGCAUGGAGAAGCUGCGCCGGCGCUUCAGGCAGUUCGGCUAUCAAGAGGCCGAGAGCCCCCGCGAGGUUUUCCAGCAUCUCCGGGACCUCUGUCAUCAAUGGCUGAAGCCGGAAAGCCACACAAAGGAGCAGAUCCUGGAGCUGAUAAUCUUAGAGCAGUUUCUGACUGUCCUGCCAUCAGAAAUGCAGAGUUGGGUCAGGGAAGAUGACCCCAAGACAUGUGCCCAGGCAGUGGCCCUGGCGGAAGAUUUCUUGCUUUGGAAAGAGGAGGCUGAAAUGCAGGAACAGCAGGUGUCGGAGCCUUUUGAGAAGGUGAUUGGUUCCCCAAAAGCAGAAAAGGCUCCACCGGAGAGUAAGAAGAUGCAGCAUUACAUGGAAGCCAAGCAGAAGAGUGAUGGGGAGGCCCAUUUGCUAGGUGACAGGCAAGUGGCUGAGAACAAGGAGGAGCCCCAAAGCCACUUGGAUAAAGCCAGAUGGGAUCUCUUCCAGGUUUCCAAAAUGGAAAACAUGUCUAGAUGUCAGCAGGGACCAGUGAGGCAUAAAGGAAACAAUCCAGGGCAAAGAAAAGAAAAGCUUAUUUGGGAGAAAGGUGGCAUGAGUGACACGAGCCUAAACACAAGCGCCUUCCAAGAGACACUAUACAAAGAGAAACAUUCUAGGACAAGUUCUGACUCUGCCAAAAACUUCAGCCAAACUCCUGAACACCUUGAGCACUGGAAAAUGCAAGCGGAAGAAAAGACACGCCAGUGUAUAGAUGGUGGGACAAGCUUCAGCUGGAAAACAGCCGUCCAACUGAAGAGCAUGCAGACAGGAGAGGAACCCUCCAGAGGCACAGAUUGUGGGAACAGCUUGAGUCGGAGUACACCUUGCAGAAUCCCUGCAGGAGAGAAACCACAUAAAUGCUCUGAAUGUGGGCACAGUUUCAGUCAGAGCUCCGAUCUUACUGGACAUGGUCUCUAUAUAUGCUCCAACUGUGGUAAAAGUUUUAUUUCCAGCUCAGUCCUUGGGAAAAAAGAAAGAACACUCACAGGAGAAAAACAGAACAAAGCCCCUGAAAGCAAAGGAGGCUCCCUGCAGCCCUCCGAUCUUCAAACAGGGGAGAAACCAUAUACGUGUUCAGACUGUGGAAAAACCUUCAGUUUUAGAUCCAGCCUUGUUCGUCAUCAGAGACUCCACACUGGUGAGAAACCAUAUAAAUGUCUAGACUGUGGGAAAAAGUUCAGUCAGAGUUCAAAUCUUCUCAAUCAUCAGAGGAUUCACACAGGAGAGAAACCCUACAGCUGCACAGAUUGUGGAAAAUCCUUCAGUAACAGUUCGAGCCUUACGUCACAUGAGAGGACCCACCGAGGUGAGAAGCCCUACAAAUGCACUAGUUGUGGCAAAAACUUCAGUUGCAACUCCGUUCUCAGAAUCCAUGAAAGAAUUCACACCGGAGAGAAGCCGUACGAGUGCACAGAAUGUGGGAAAAGCUUCAGCCGGAGAGAAUUCCUUAUUGGCCAUCAGAGAACUCACACAGGGGAGAAACCUUAUGAGUGCCCUGAUUGUGGGAAAAGCUUCAGUCAGAGAUCGAACCUGAUUAACCAUCAGAGGAGUCACACUGGAGAGAAACCAUUUGAAUGCUCAGACUGUGGGAAGAGGUUCAGUCAUAAAGCGUCCCUCCUUAAACAUGAGAGGCACCAUAUAAAAGCUCCAACUAUGGAAAGGGAUUCGGCCAAAGUUCAGACGAACUUACACGUGGUGGAACACACGCAGGAAAUGAAACCAGAUCCAUGUGAGUUGACCAGAUCUUCCACUUCCAACCCAGACCAUCCUGGGCCUUGCAGGACAUGUUCUGAUGGCACAGGAUGCAGCCACCUUUCUCAAGCUAAGCAGGUCUGGAUCUGGUCGGGUCCAGGAUGAAAGACUGUCUGGGAACCACAUCUGUGCCACCUUGAACUCCAUGAUAGAAUAAAGGUGGGCUGUAUGUGUAAUGUACUGUAAACAGCAUAGUAUAAUAGGAACCUAGGAAGCUGCCAUAUACUGAGUCAGACCAUUGGUCCAUCUAGCUCAGUAUUGUCUUCACAGACUGGCAGAGGCUUCUCCAAGAUUGCAGGCAGGAAUCUCUCUCAGCCCUAUCUUGGAGAUGGUGCCAGGGAGGGAACUUGGAACCAAGAUGCUCUUCCCAGAGCGGCUCCAUCCCCUAAGGGGAUUAUCUUAUAGUGCUCACACUUCUAGUCUCCCAUUCAUAUGCAACCAGGGUGGACCCUGCUUAGCUAGGGGGACAAGUCAUGCUUGCUACCACAAGACCAGCUCUCUUCUUCUUAAUGGUUAGAGUGUCAGACUACGACUUAGUAGUCGAAGCUCCCAGCCAUACAACUUACUGGCUGAGCUUUGGCCAGUUACUGUCUUUCAGCCUAACCUCUGAACUCUGUAGCUUGUGAGGAUAAAAUGGGGGUGGGGGGAGCUAUGCUCACUGCUCGGAGUGUCUUGGAAAGAAGGUUGGAUUAAAAUACUGUUGAGCAUUCCACUUCAGACAGGUCUAUCAAUGGCUACUAGUCUGGUGGCCAGAGGCCACCUCCAGCCUUGGGGGCAAGAUGCAGGAGAGCAACAGCAGGAGAGAGGGCAUGCUUUCACCUCUUGCCUGUGUGCUUCUCAGCGGCAUUUGGUGGAUGCUGGGCUGGAUGGGCCUUGGGCCUGAUCCAGCAGGGCUGUUCUUGGGUAACUCUCGGCUAAGCAAGAGAAGCACAAUGGCUAGAAGCGAGUGGCCCAGUCAAGCUACAGGUUUAUACUGGGGCAUUAUAUGAGCAACACGACACUUCCCACAAGGUGCAGGAUUGGUACCAAAGAAUGAGCCAGGAAGUCUCUGGUUUAAGCCUUGCCUCAGUCACAAAUUUGCUAGGUCAGUGUUUCUCGCCCUUUUAAGUAGCAAGUACCCCCUCACUUCUGAAAAUUUUAAGUACCUCAAAUUUCCAUGGGAUCUUAUAUUUACAGUCAUGUGUGCCAUAUGUUGGAAGAAGGGCUGUGUAUAGGGCUGAGAUAUGACCCUAUCUGUUGUCACCUUUUACAUCAGUGGUGCACAACUUAAGUACCUCAGCUAGAGGGGUAAGCCAAAGCUAAGAGGGCUGAACCCAGUGCCACAGAAAGCACAGCACACCAGAUUAUUGCUGGGAAAUGUGAAAGGCCAUGCCUGGCAUGGCACGCCAAACUUUCUGCCAUCAUUUUGCAAGGAGGAAAGGGCAAGAUAGUUAAGAAAAGAGGGAGACCGAUUAAUCCUAGGCAGUCACCAAUGGGCAAAGACUGAGCAGCAACGGCAAGCCGGGCCUCUUCUCUCCCUCCUCCCCCUGGGGCUUCUUUCCCCUCUCCCCCUCGCCCCAUGCUCCCUGCCUGUGGCCCACGUACCCCAGGGCUACAUGUACCACAUGUUGUGAAAUGAUGGACUUGGUGGCCUUGGGCAAGCCGUGAUUCUCUCUGGCUCAACUCAUCCCACCCUCCAACACCGUGAUAAUAAUACUGACCUGCCUUACAAGGUUGUAGGGAAUAGUGAAUGAAGAUCGGUGAGGUGCUUUGAGUACUGAAGGGCAGCGUAAAUGCUAAAUGGCAGCUAUUCUGAACAUGUCCCCAACUAGAGUCACUCACUUCAUCAGUCUAGACCAGGGAUUCUCAACGUUGGGUCCCCAGAUGUUGUUGGACUUCGACUUCCAUAAUCCCCAGCCCCAGUGGCCUUUGGUUGGGGAUUAUGGGAGUUGAAGUCCAAUAACAUCUGGGGACCCAACGCUGAGAAUCCCUGGGCUAGAACGUUUCCCUUCAGAGCCCCCUUCCAGGUCUUAAGUAGUUCCUGGGGAAAUGGGGGAGAAGCUGCCCCAAUUUUCUCUCAGGCCAGUGCUGGAUCUCUCCAGGGGCUGAAGAUAUGAGCUCCCUGGCUUGGGUCUCUUCAGUUGAGGUUAGUGAGGGGAUUAGGGUUUCACUAACCCAAUCCUGUCCCAGCACACCACCUCAAUAUCCAUUGGUUGAACCAUGGUGUCCACAUAAGGGGCCUAUUCCAGUUAUCUCCUCCUCUCCAUAAAGCUGAGGAAUUGAGAAUGUUGUGACCCAAUUCUAUAUGUUCCACAAGAUAAUUCAUAGAGCAAAAUAACCCCCCAAUGAGGGAUGUGCUUUCAAAAAAAAAAACCUAAGACAAGUGAGUGUUAAAACAUUUUGUGCUGGACUGCAUGCCUGUAACUGCCCUACACAAGUGCAGAGUUUGUUUCAGGGAUCAGAACUCAGUAUCCAGAGCACCUUUGCUUUUAUUUUGAAAACAAGCAAGUUUCUAGUCCUUCAGGAGUUUGAAUAUGUGUAUGUAGACAGUGUUGGGUGAAAUGUCAGGGGCAGGUCUGGGCAGGGUUUCCAGUAUUUGGGGUGGCACUUCCAGUAUGUAGCUCUUUCCCCCAUCCCUUGACUUGUAGAGGGGGAAUGCAUAUGCAUAUACAUAUGCAUAUGCAGAGCAGCAAGGGUGACAAGCUUUAAUUGAAUUAAUCUGAGUAAUCCACUAAAACUUUAAACAGUAGCAGCUGGUUUUAAUCGGUGUAGGGCGGAUUUUGAUCCAUAGGGUUGUCAAUUAAAGGGACACCUUUUUUAAAAAGCAAUUUUGUUUCAGGUGCAUUACUGUAACAGUGAAUGGAAAAAAUAAACAUUAACGGUGGCAUUUUAACAAGUGCUCGCUUUGUUCUUAUUUAAUUGCAAGUUCCUUUACUCUGUUUUAAAAUCAGUUUCUCUCUCUUCUUGCUCCCUGCUUGAUAAGGGG